CACGUGUCGUUUUUUACAGCCGGGUAAUCUCCUUUUCAGCCCUGUCUAGAAUUUAUUUUCCUCCUAAAACGGUUGUAUUUCAUCAAUAUACGGAUAUAUUUUGAGGCCUCAAUAUGCCUAUAUUCUCGGAGCUGUAUUUCAAUGUGGAUAAUGGUUACUUGGAAGGGUUGGUCAGGGGUUUUAAGGCUGGAAUUCUUUCACAGGGAGACUAUCUAAAUCUCGUCCAGUGUGAAACCCUGGAAGACCUGAAACUCCAUCUGCAGAGCACGGACUAUGGCAGCUUCCUGGCCAACGAGCCGUCCCCCCUCACCGUGUCCGUCAUCGACGACAAGCUCAAAGAGAAGAUGGUGGUGGAGUUCCGUCACAUGAGGAACCAGUCGUACGAACCGCUGGCAAGCUUCAUGGACUUCAUCACGUACAGCUACAUGAUAGACAAUGUGAUCCUGCUGAUCACGGGCACCCUGCACCAGCGUGCCAUCUCUGAGCUGGUACCUAAGUGCCACCCUCUGGGCAGCUUUGAGCAGAUGGAGGCAGUCAACAUCGCCCAGACCCCAGCAGAACUUUACAACGCCAUCCUGGUCGACACCCCUCUGGCUGCUUUCUUCCAAGACUGCAUAUCUGAGCAGGAUCUGGAUGAGAUGAACAUCGAGAUCAUCCGUAAUACUCUGUAUAAGGCUUAUCUGGAGGCUUUCUACAAGUUCUGCUCCACUCUGGGAGGAACCACUGGUGACACCAUGUGUCCUAUUCUAGAGUUUGAGGCGGACAGGAGGGCCUUCAUCAUCACCAUCAACUCAUUUGGUACGGAACUGUCUAAGGAGGACCGCGCCAAGCUGUUCCCCCACUGUGGCAAGCUGUACCCUGAGGGGCUGGCUCAGCUUGCCCGUGCUGACGACUACGAACAGGUCAAAGCUGUGGCCGACUACUACCCUGAAUACAAGCUCCUGUUUGAGGGAGCAGGCAGCAACCCAGGGGACAAGACACUGGAGGACAGGUUCUUUGAGCAUGAGGUGAAGCUGAACAAGCUGGCGUUCCUGAACCAGUUCCACUUCAGCGUGUUCUAUGCCUACGUCAAGCUGAAGGAGCAGGAAUGUAGGAACAUCGUGUGGAUCGCUGAGUGUAUCGCUCAGAGGCACCGCGCCAAGAUAGACAACUACAUCCCCAUCUUCUGAUCUGAACACCAGUACCUCCCUACGUUCUGAUCUGAACACACACACACACACACACCAGUACCUCCCUACGUUCUGAUCUGAACACACACACACACACACACACACACACCAGUACCUCCCUACGUUCUGAUCUG